AUGCUAUCUAUCAAAUCCCUUCUGAAUCCUCAGCCUGAAAGGCGAUCUCCGUAUCCAUUCCCUGCCCGUGAAAAACGGCAGAAGAUGGCCAAGGACGCCCCAAUUUUCCGUCGUGGCAAGAUCCAGGGCGAGUGCCGCUAUCCUCCUUGCGAGGAAAGAGAUGCGGAGCUGGAGAAGGCUCAUAGAGAGUUCUCGUUACGUCCCCUGGGAAAUAUUGCCGACUAUCCUCGUCAUAUCCCAUAUGCAAGCGACAAGAAAACCUUCCAAGGAAAGACAGGCCGAGACAGCUUCCAUGUCUUUCAAUAUACAUUUCAGAUACCUGGCGAAGAAAAGGAAUGGCAUGUUAUGUGGGACUACAAUAUUGGCAUCGUUCGGAUCACACACCUUUUCAAAUGCAAUGGCUACUCCAAGGCAAACCACCCCAGCCAAGAUGCUGGGCCAGAACCCCGGCCUCCGCGAUAUCUGUCACAGCAUCACCGGCGGGGCACUUUCUGCUCAAGGUCUAACACUUGUCUUGCUUUCCACACAGGAUACUGGAUGCCCUACGAAGCCGCCAGAGCAUUGGCAGCGACUUUCUGCUGGAGAAUCCGAUACGCCCUGACUCCCCUGUUUGGCACAGAUUUCCCAGCCAUGUGCAUCCCCCCAACGGACCGCACAUCUCACGGCCGUAUGAUCAUCCCCUCAGAAAUUGUUCAGCGUGCCACCAACACCUCCAACUACUAUCGCUCUUUGGAGAUGAAGCACAGCACUGCAGCCAGCUCCCCCGCGAUCAACGAGCCUUCCUCAACUCAUACCCUUCUCCACGGUAUGGGAUUAUUGAGCCGACAAGAUUCCCUGACACUGCCACCGCUCAAGAUUCCACGUACCCAGUACGCAGAGAGCAACCCCAGUGCCCGGGACUCCUCUAUGGAACCUUACUGCAUGUCACCCAAGAGCCAGUCGCCCAUGUCUACCUUCACCCCCAUCAACCCCCCACGCAGCUCCAAUGCCAUGCCUCGCUCGCGGGUCGAGUCACCUCGUGAUGUUCUCCGUGCUCUCUCAGACGCUAUGCGUCCGGAGAAUGUUGCUGGGGGUAUCAGUGAAGACAGUGACACCGACAGCGAUGGCUCGUCGAACAUGUAUUCCACUCCAAACUGUCCUUCUAUGGAUGGACGUAUGGGAACCGACAAGCUCGGCCUCGACGAGCCCAACGAUGCGUCAGAGGUGCCUGCUGUGCACAGCGACUUUGAGGACCUAACUGACUCGGAUGAUGAUUGGCAAAUGGACGAUGCUGACGAUGAAGACUACCGUGGACCUCCUCUCAAGAAGACUGGUGGAGCUUCAUUCAGCAAGGACGGUGAUGAAAGUCCUGCAUCCCAGACUAAGAAGUAUCCCAGUCGGAAAUCCCGAGCUGCGCGUCCUCAGUCGUCGUCUCACUUCACUCGUGAGGUCAAGGCUGCUGAAGCUCUUCUUCGUCUGCACAUGAAUGAGCUUGAAAGCGUCGGGGCCGAAACCGAGAUGGACGAUGACGGAAUGGCCUCGGCUUCCGAAUCUCGCUCUCUUGAUGGUGAUGAAUCUCGUAGUCGUAAGCGACGUCGUGCUUCGCUUUGA